AUGGCGCAGCAUGCUUCGGCUAUCUUGACCACAAGAGAGUAUCCAAAGACGUUGCUUCCAUACACGCAUGUGGCUGUGACAACGUUUCGCAAAGCCCACGAUAUGCCAAAGGACAGGAACACGGACACCCCCACAAAGGCAAGAAACCGUGGUCGGCAGCAUGCAGACGCGCCCUCGCCCCCAGAACCCAAACAUCGCCGCAAGUCCACACCCGAACCCACACUAGAUAAACCAGACAUAACAGACCAUGAUGUCAAAAAGAACAAGAUCUCCUGCUUUAUAUACACACCGGCCCAUGUUAGCUGGACUUUGCGGACGCUACUGGUAUCGGGAGGGAUCACUGAUACCUUCGAUGACGAGACCUGCCUAACUUAUUUACUUCGAGGUAGUCCCAAGUUGCGGGCCCUGUUAAGUAAUUUGCAGCAGGAGGUUUUUGAGUUGAACGAGAAGUCAAUCGUGUGGUGUACGGGACCUUCUCAGCAGAUGUACAUGGCUGCCGCCCUACACCACGCCCAUAUUGACUGCCAGGUGUACCACUCGGAGCUCACUGUCAAAGAACGGAUGGAACGAAUGCAUGGUGUUAAUAUGCAGUUAUUACGUCAAUUCUGCUGGUCCGAAUCUUCAACACUAGCCUAG